AAACAACAGCAACUGCAACACUUUCUUAAUACACACACAUCAUAACAAUAGCAAUCAUCAUCAUCAUCAGCAACAAUUGCAACAACAAUAUUCUAAUUCGCAGGGCCGUCGGGAGGGCAGUUUUAAUGGUAGUUUGUGAAGCAUGUUAAUAAAAAAUCGAAACAUCGACAGUCAUUGUACUCGAUUGAAUUUGGACCGAGUUUGGAUACCAUAAGAAGUCGAGCCGAUACAAUACUCGAUUAUGGUGACGAUCAAAUGCAUGAACGUGGUGGCGGCUUAGAGGGCGAUAAUGGUGAAUUAAGUCCGAAACCUAUGACACCACGUCGUGUUAAAAGGCGUUCGGUUAUGCACAGGGGCAGUAAUAGUCGUCAAUCAACAGCCAGUAGACGUAGUUCAAGCCAUAGCAGUCAUAAAAACACCUUAAGGGGUGAGAGUAGAGGUAGUGGUGGUGGUGGUGGCGAGGGAUCAGGAGGAGCCGGCUCUACGGGCACUCAUUCGAGAAGUAGUACCAGAAGUUCCCGACGUAAAUAUCAUCAAAAUCCUGUUACUAAACUAUUGGAUCAACAACAACAACAGCAAUCCACCAUGCACAUACAUGGUCAUCAUCCUAAACAGCCAGUUCAGCAAUUUGGCUCAUUUCAUCAUAAGGAUUCCACCCCCGCAUUGACUGUAUCCAAUUUGCAAUCUUUAAACCAGGAGAUACAUAAUAAUAUUAAUGCUGUUUCCUCUUCUAUAAAUGGUGGUGGCGGCAUUGGCAGUCUUACCAAAACCAAUAACAAUCAUUAUCAAUCUUUUCGCAAGAAUAUACCACCAGAUCCCAUCUACUAUAAUACCAAUGCCCAGACUGCUUAUCUGCAGCAACAACAAUGGCAGCAAUUGCAGCAACAGACACCCUCUCCCAUACCAACACUAGAUGAGCCACAAUCUCCCACUUUGACCUUAACCCCCUCACUGGGUGGGGGUCACUACAAUCCCACCUAUCAGCAUUCCACCACUAAUCUAAAUGAUGGUGAACAUGUAGAUGAAUUGUAUAACAAUCGUCCACCCUCGGUGAGGUCAAGCUAUUCUAAUUUCCAUGGUGCCAGACCCAUGUCUUCAUAUCUUUCUUCCACUAAUAACACAGAAAAUGUAUUUGUCAAUUUGGUGGCCAGUAAUACAGCACAAAAUUCAGCUACUCAACAUCCCCAUCCACCACCUUCACCAGCCACCUCUUCAUUUCACCAACAGCAGCAACAACAAUUGCCACAUGAAUCACCUUCAACUCCGCCACUCUAUCAGCAACAUCCUUUGCAUCAACAAUCAUUAAGUCAACACAAUCUACCACCACCACCCCCCUUGCCAGAUCCACCUUAUACCGCAUCUCAACCACAGCCAAUACCGUUUCAUAAACGUACCGCUUCUCGGGAAAGUAUACGUUCGAUGGCUUUUCUUAAUAGCGGCCCACCAGCGUAUAAUCUUAAUUAUCAUACACCACCAGAUUCAGAGACAACGAUGUAAUAAGUAGGAAGAGAGAAAAUAUCGAAUGAAACGAACCACCUUGCAUCACCACUUGGAACACCGUCCAUUAUGCCUUUAGUAGCCUUAGUUUUAAAAGAGAAA